AUGCAUGUAUCCGAUUAUCAAACCCAGCAGCCCAACACUGGCAUUUACUUUGUCAUUCGACUAGCAUUGCUUCAAAUUUACCCUGCUUACACUUGCUUCAAGGCAAUCAAACUCAACGACCAUCGCCAAUUCCUUCCCUUGUUGAUCUACUGGGUAUCGUCCACAGUGUUCCUUGUCGCAGAAUACUUUGCAGACCUGCUUGUGUUUUGGUUCCCUUUUUAUACAGAAAUCAAGCUGCUGCUUGUGCUAUGGAUUACGUUGCCUCAAACCAAGGGAGCUAUCGUUCUAUACGCUGAUUUUAUCGAGCCGUUUCUCACACAACAUGAAAAGCAAAUUGAUAAGACCAUGGUCGAGAUACAAGAAAACACAAAACGCACAUUGUCUGUUUAUGGCAAGGAGGUGGUCAGGGUCAUUGGCCGGUGGUUAUCCGAGUUGAUUCACAAGGGCCGAUCAUUGGCCGAGGAGGAGACAGCAUCAACUUCUACUACUACUGAGCAGGCCCCAUCAUCAGCCGCUUCCACAUGGGAUGCUUACGCACGAAGCAUGUUUUCUUCCAUCAUGAAUAGAGGAUCGCAGUUGGCAACCACCCUUCAGGCAUCAGCUUCAUCUACACGCGCCACUGAAGGACAAUAUACACAAGCAGCUCAGCCGCAGCAAUCAUCUUCACCACCACAGCCACAACAACAACAACAAGGGAACAAUGCUACAACCCCAUCAAGUGAAGAAGAACCCAAGCUUGAAAGAUCAGAUAGCUAUGAUUCAUUAAGCUCAUUCAUCGUUGCGAAAAGAAAUGCAGCCAGUGGUAAUGGUGGGUCAGCAGCUUCUUCAACAAAGGCAUCACCUGUGCAACCCAAGCGAGGGGAGACAUGGGGUUCUUAUCUUACAGGAUGGGCAUGGUCAUCAUCAAGCACUGAAACGGCACCCUCCAAGGAUGAUGGCAACAAGAGUACAAAGACCGAAUGA